GCUAGGAACACUCUGUUUCGAUUCUUCUCCCACACUCUCCCUAUUAACCACAUCAGAGAGAAGGCGGCAUGCCAACUAUGUGGCCUCUCUGUCACUUCUAAACCAUACGACCACUUCUUUGUCCACUGCUGUGUGUCCACCCACCAGAACCACAUGGCCCCUGUCCUUUAG